AUGGCGCCAGCCGCAGACGUACAAGACGACGACCCCGUCGUGGCCGAGUACGAUGUCUACAUCACGCCCGACGUGGCCGAGCAGCAGCUCUACCUCCUCCAGUACUUGAACCGCCCGCCCGACCAGCCCUUCACCAAGGCCACCGACAGCCAGCCGUCGGAGCUGCGCAUCAAAAAAGACUCGGGCUUCAUCGAGGUCGACGUGCCCAUCAACAUUCACCGCAACUACAACCGCAUCGCCGGUGUGCGAUGGGGCGAAUCCAUGCGCAAGACCAAGGGCUUCGGCCAGAAGGCGUUUGGCAUUGCCUCUGGCUUCGAGCGCACCAUGCCCCGCAGUGCAAACCGACCGGGUGCUGCGGGUGAAGGAGCCCCCGCAGCGCCUGUUACCGCCAUAGACGACGACAACAUCGAGGAAUAUGUCACUCAUUUUGAGGACGCCAAUGAGAAGGGACACGUCCUCAACAUGCAGACAUUCGGCGGCCAGAUCGCGCCCGAGGACGGCAAGGGCCCUAGCUACAUGUUGGGGACGUUCCGUGACAGCGAGCUUCACCUUACCCGCCUUGACGGACUCGUCCAGCUCCGGACCCAGUUUCACCACAUCGAUGCCUCUGCCCAGCUCGAGGCCGUCCAGCGACGUCGCGAGAAGGAGUCGCAGGAGGGCGCAAAGGUCGCAGAGCCCAAGGCUUUUCUUGCGCAGGUCAAGAAGACUGGCGGUGACACUGCCGCCGAACUAACGCAGGCUUUCAUGAAGGCGACGAACCAGGAACCGUGGCAGAGGCUCAACUACUUUGACGAAGAUGAUGAGCGGGCUUUUGAGUCGUACCACGAACGGCUCUUUAUCCAGGACGUUGCUUCUGCACCCAAGCUGCAGGCCAAGAUUGACAACAGCGCCUUUCUCGAUGCCAUCAGCUUGAGCGGCAAAGCAGGCAAAAAGAAGCCCAGGCGCGGCGCCCAAGACCUGGUUGAAAUCUCUGAUGAAGACGACGAAGAAGACGACGAGGCUGCAUAGCCUCAACCGAAUUGAAGUAAUGAACUUGUCACAGAAAGGCACAUACAGUCUGCUUUCUUUACUUACUAGAUACCCAGAGACAUGAUUCCAAUCUCUCAAAUAUCAAACAAAU